AUGUCACCCAACACCUGGUUGCUUUGCUUUAUGUGUUUUGGAUGUCUGGCUCUAACAUUCUGCUUGUGUCCUUCCCAAUGCACCUGCACCUUCCAGAGUCACAGUGAUGAACUCAAGGCAAGGACUGUGCUUUGUAAUAACCCAGAAAUGACCCUGAUUCCAAGCCACAUUCCGGCUCAAACUUUAAAGCUGGUGAUUGAGAAAACAUUAAUCAGACAAGUUUCCAUGCAAGCCUUUUCUUCUGUCUCCAGUCUGGAAUGCCUUUGGCUGUCCUGUAACUCCAUCAGCAGCUUCAAUGGGGAGAGUUUGCAAGGCCUAAUUGCACUGAGGGAACUUCGAUUGGAUGGCAAUGCUCUUUCAACUUUUCCAUGGGAAGCCCUUUCCUAUUUGCCACAACUCUGGCUCCUUGAUUUACAUGGUAACAUCCUUCGAUCAUUCCCCAACAAAGCAGCCACUUAUUUCAGAAACAUCACCUACCUGGAUUUAUCAGAUAACAGGCUGACUACGCUGUCAUCCAAAGUGAUCUCAACAUGGCUGACUGUUCCAAAGGCAGCCAAUACAACUUCAUCAACCUACAGUCCAAAACGUAUCAUAGGACUACACAACAAUCCUUGGAAAUGCGACUGCAGAUUGUCAGAACUAGUUCAUUUUGUUAAGAUGCACAAUCCAACUACAACAUUGAUGGACCCUGGAUUAAUGUGCUCUGGGCCAGAAAAUCUCUCGGGAUCUCUAUUCAGCAGCAUAGAGCUAAAAAAGUGCCAGAGUCCAACUAUUCAUGCUGCAGAAGCUAAAGUGACCAGAGUCACGGGGAGCUCUGUCUCACUGCAUUGUGUGGCUACAGGAGUUCCCAUCCCUGACAUCAGCUGGAGUAGACUGGAUAAUAUCCUGCUGAAUGGAACAGUGAUUCUGGACAAUUCUGACGAGAGAUUGAAGUGGUCUACAUUCAGUCUAUCAGCUGCAUCCUAUCAGGAUUCUGGUAAAUAUUUGUGCAGAGCCAAUAAUUUGGUGGGUACAACAGAUGCUUCGAUAUCCCUUCUUGUGGUGAACUCUGCCAUUGCUUUGGUACCAAUCAAAAGCACAUUCAAAAGAAUGUGCAUCAGAAAAAUGAGGAAUCAAAAUACUGCAGCAUACAAUCAGAAGCUGAUGGCCAGGUAUGCAAGUACCACAGUAUCACCAAAAGAGUCACCAAAGAGAUCCUAUGCUGUAGGUAGGACAGAUUACUCUCUCGUGCGUAAUCAUCAGAUUAAGCCAAAUGAAGAUGCAGCAGAGACCGUUUUGCAGACUAUGAAUCCUUCUGAAGUUAGUGGCUUAUUGGAAAAGCGAAGCGCCAAUGAUCCCAAUAAUAUUACAUUUAGUCCUUCUUCAAUACAGCCGGAACCAGACUGUCUGGUCAGAAGUGUGAGAGUUAUAGGGGGUACCUAUCAUAGUGUUUCUCUGGCUUGGAGAUCCCCAAAGGCUACAAAUAUCACCAUUUUUAGUAUUCUAUAUACUAUUUUUGGCGAAAGGGACAUGCGUAGAAUCAAUGUGGGUCCUGGAAAGACCAAAAUCACCAUUGAUGGAUUAAUGCCACAGACCAAAUAUAUAGUUUGCAUUUGUGUGAAAGGACUCGUGCCCAGGAAAGAGCAGUGUGUGAUUUUCUCCACAGAUGAGGUGGCUCAUGCGAGUGGGACACAAAAACUAAUUAAUGUGGUGGUGAUCACAGUGGCCUGCGUGAUUGUGGUCCCUCUCACCCUCAUUGUCUGCGGUGGGGCCUUGAAGAGGCGCUGCAGAAAGUUCCUGAUCAAGCCCCCAGAAGAGGGCUUCCAAAAUGACUCAUAUGUUACAUUUGAAAGCCUGUCAACAGGGCCCAAGCCCAGUGGCACUGAAGGGGAGUACCUGACCUGCCACAACAAAGAUGAGUCGAAUAGACUUCUGUCACCAAGGUCCAGUUUAGAUUCUGAAGAAGCAACAAAUAAUGAAGCUCAACAGAAUGAAUAUUUCUGCUGA